AUGUCAAAGCAAUCUGCGCGCGCAAAUGGCUCUGCCACGAAACGGGCGACUGAAGAUGGCGGUGCGUUCCAUCUUUCAAAUUCUCUUUACAGCUUGUCUCUACAACACUCGUUGCAUUCCGAUUCCAUCGCUGACUGGUCUUCAGACAUUUGUCCUGUUUGCAAAUCGUCGCGUUACCUCAAUCCCAAUAUGAAAUUUAAAGUCAACCCAGAAUGCUACCACAAGAUGUGCGAGUCGUGUGUCGACCGCAUCUUCGGGCAUGGACCUGCGCCAUGUCCUAUAGCAGGAUGCGCGCGAACUUUGAGAAAGAUUAAAUUUAGGGAGCAGACUUUUGCCGACUUAGAAAUUGAGCGUGAAGUCGAUAUACGGCAUAGGGUUAUGCGUGCCUUCGACAAAACAGAAGGAGACUUUGAGUCACUACGUGACUACAACGACUACCUUGAAAAGGUCGAAGAGAUCAACUGGAACUUGAUCCUCGGAAUCGAUGUCGAAGCGACCGAAAGCCGACUCCGACGGUGGGAGGAGCAUCAGAAAGCCGAGCUGAAUCCCAACGCCACGUCGCGGCGUGAGCCGGAUCAUACAAGGGGUAAUGCACAGCGGAGGGGACCUAAUAUUGCCUCAAAUCCCGGAGAGUCGACUCGGACUACCAAGGCGGAGGAUACGGGCUUUCAUUUUCAUGGGCUGAAGAAACGUGUCGCGCCACCGAAAGAGCCGCCAUUCGACCCUUCUGGUGGCUGGAUCAUGGCUCCACAGUACUUCUCGCUACAGGAAAGCUACGAUGUGAGCUGGUACGCACAAUAUACGGAUACGUAUCACUUGGCGGGAGGCUAUGCCGUUCGAGAUUUCUGCCAACGCACUCUCCUGGAAGCAUUCGGGGGUCUCGGUGUCUUCAUAGAGGACGAGAUGGAAGCAAGAGCGGUGCCAGCUGAGAAUGCUUCUGUGGGCACGAAACAGGCGGCUUUGGCUGCAGGAACCGCCAAAGACGUGUACAUGGACGACGUCUUUUAA